AAACACUCGUCGAGCGCGACGCGAGUAAUGAGCUUCCAGGAUUUAAGCCGCAGGGGCUCGUCCAACGGUGGCGUGACGAGCGGCGGCCCGUCCAACGCGCCGCGCCGGUCGAACGGCGCCCCGCCCCCGCGCGGCCUCGACGGCGCCGUGGACGCGAUCGCGGAGAACCUGCGCCAGUUUAGCCACAACGUGUCGCUCCUGGAGCGGCUCGCGGACCACCUCGCCGGCGCGCCGCGGGCGUCGGAGGAGCUCCUGCGCCAGAUCGCCGCGCAGCAGGACGUCGUCGAGGAGCUCGCGCGCGUGCUGCGGAAGGCGUUCGGCGACCUCGUGCGCCGCGUCGACGCCGCGCCGCGCGCGGAGCAGGGCCGGGCCCGCGCGGCGCACGCGAAGCUGCGCAAGGACUUCGACCGCGUCCAGGGCACGGUGGGGCGCGCCGUCGACAAAAUCAAGUCGAGCCGCCGCGCGGCGCUCGGCGCGGGCGGCGCGGCGGCCGCCGCCGCGCCCCGCGCCGGCGGCGGCGGCGCCGCGGUGGACCACCGGGACCUGCGCGUCGCCGUCAACGACCGGCCGAGCUCGUCGAGCGGCGGGCCGCACCGCGUGGGCCGCGCGCAGUUCGGGCCCAGCGACGCGCCGGGCGACUUGGACGUCAUGAUCGGCGAGGAGCGCGUGCAGCUCCAGGUCGCCAUGCAGGAGGAGGCCAUCAACGACGCCAUCCUGCGCGAGCGCGAGGAGGAGAUCCGCGAGAUCAACCAGAACGUGCACAAGGUCAACGAGAUCUUCCGCGACCUCGCGACGCUCGUCGACAAGCAGCAGGGCGAGGUCGACCAGAUCGGCGAGCUCGUCGAGAAGAGCCACGCCCACGCCGAGAAGGGCCUCGACCAGGUCCAGAAGGCCGCGAAGCUCCAGCCGUCCUGCGUCGUCUCCUAGCGGGCCGCGCGCGACGCCCCGGCCCAUUUU